CUGCUGCACCAAGAAGCUCCCUGCACAGCUCUAUCAUGUCUCUACGGCUUCUGCCUGCUAUCAUUAUGGACAAUGACGAGGACGAUGAUAGUAACUUCACAAAAUGGAUGAGUAGUUACUGGGGUCACGGACCAGACGCUGUACAUUCCAGAGAAAGAAAACGCAGUUUCAGAAGGCCUUCAAAAACACAAGUUGAUAGACGAGCAUCACUCCCAACUGCGUCACAGUUAGAUGUCAUGAAGUUAAACAGGUUUCAUGCGGCUACAAUGGCGCCCACUCCCAGCCACGUCAAAUCAAGAGAGGAUAAGGGGGAAACCAGGGUCCACCAGAGGCCUCGCCGUACCUCUGCAGAUGACAACAACCGCGCCAAGACUGCGAUCACAGAGAAUCGCAUCACCACCAUCCCAGAGCUCACAGAGACACUUGAGAAGAGGCUCUUUCUAAAUGAUAAGAAGACCACGUCUCUGAAGAAGGAUGAUACGUUGUGCCUGAUCUGUCAUGAGGACAUGUGUAAGAAUGGGAGGGGAGUGCCACAUUGUACACACCGCUUUCAUAAAGAGGCAGCUCGGAGGUUAGAGCAGUGUCGGCCCCGAAGCAGCAGUGAAGCAGCUGUUUUACAGGGGAGGAAGCUCUAUGAGGAGAGGAGGAGGUCUGCAGAUGGACAGAUUUCCACGGAGAAGGAGCAGCACACACUCCAUCGUCAACAUUCCCUGAGGAGACAUCGCUGA